GUGGUCAAAUGCCUCGCCCCCUUCGUGGCUUCCCUGCCUUGCCUCCUCUCCAAGAAACUCUGAGAUUUAGCCCGCCCUUCGCCGUGCGAUGAGAACAGCAAACAAUCUUUGGGUAGGUGGUGAGAGGGAGAGAGGAUGGUACUGCCAGUGGUGAAGUUGGGAUCUCUCGCCCUGAGAACACUUAGCAAGCCAAUUGCCUCAAGGCUCAAGCAACAAGCCGGCUUCCACCCAAGGUUUCGCCAGUUCAUCAUAGACCUCGCCCAGGUGAAUCAUCGCUUCACCACAACCAUGCAGAGGCGCCUGUAUAACCAUUCGACUGACACCGCAAUUCGUCCUUUGAAUGAAGAGAAAGCUGUUCAAGCUGCUGCUGAUCUUCUUGGGGAACUCUUUAUCUUUUCGGUUGCUGGAGCUGCUUUAAUCUUUGAGGUGCAAAGAAGUGCUAGAUCAGAAGCUAGAAAAGAGGAGUUGCGUAAACAGGAACUCGAGGCUUUGAAGCAAAAGGAGGACAAUUUAGCAAGAGAGGUAGAGCUACUGAAGCAGAAGUUCCAUGAGCUAGAGCAUCUUGCCCAAGGACGAGGUCCUUUUAGUAUUCCCAAAUUUAGAUCUGGCCACGCACCUGAAAGCACUAAGCCAAUGGCUGCUGCUUAGCAAAUUUGAGCAACAUAAAGAUUCAAUUGUAGUUGUCUGCUAAGUAGGUGCUAGUGCUUCAUUCACAUUAUAAUUUUCCUAUCUUGCCAUCUUUCUUUGCUUUUACAGCAUUUCCGUGUGAUCAUGCUGGUGAUUCAAGCUAGCGAAGGAAUGUUGUUAAGCCUCUUAGCCAUGUAGUUUCAUUGUCCUUGAACGUGUAAAGGGAAGCUGGUUUUUCAUAGCCUAGACCAUCAGAAAAAUUAGAAAAAAAGGCCAGAGGCAGGUUUUGUAUAAAUUUAAUAAGGUUUUUCCCUGGGGCUGCAAAGAUCUUUGGUUUCUGACUGCCAGGAUCUAGUAAGCGUCAUGGAUAUCUCGAAUUACUCAUUGUACCUUGAAAGUGAUUCUUUUUUCAUUCUUUUGGCAAAAACAAUGAUAUUUGCUAUCAAAUUCAAAACUUUAUGAACCCA